AUGCGGCUCGCGUCAUGGACCAACAAGGGUCUGGACUGGGGGUCGACCGCGGAAGUGAUGACGCUGAAAAAGUGCAUCAAGAACAUGAUAAGCAAGAACACCAGUCUCACUGACGUGAUUCAGCGCUUCCUCGGCACAAUGCACGAAGAGAUCUGGAAGCUACUCUUCAAGGCCCAGAAAACGUGGCCAAAGAAGACUGAAGACAUCGGCCUCGACAACGCGAAUCCGGCCACUCCGACGCUGGAGAAGAAGGCCAAGAAGAAGAGCAAGGAGACCAAGGCCGGCCUCCGUCGUAAAGGUACUUCGGACGCAGUGUCCGGAGAGACCGAAGUCCCCUCCUCCCACGAGGGAGAUGAAGACGAAGAGGAGGAGGAGGCGGAAAGUGACUCUCCCCUCAAGGGGAGGAAAAAGAAGAGAGCGGCCUCCGCAGACCUGGAGGAGGGGGCGUCCAAGAGAGAGAAGAUAACCCUCUCCGAUGGUUCGGACAUGGAUGCCCAACACACCCCCAAGAGGCGCCCCAGGAAAAAGCCCCUGGCCACAUCUCCGGCCCGCGACCUCCCCCAACCAUCAUCAUCUGAGGGAAACUCUCUGGCACCGGAGAUGGUGGAGAACGAGACGCCUCCGCAAGCCUCUCCGCCAGCCAUCGUGGAUGACACCGAAGUGUUGUCCCGAAGGGCCUCUUCAGGCCACAGAGAGGCUUCCCUGUUGGCGGCAACCACCCAGGCAGCUGAAGUUUCCGAACUCAAGCGGAAGCUGAAGCUGGUUGAUGAUGAUAUCGACCGCAUUAACAAGCGGUUCGAUGAGGCGCAAGGUAGCGCGGCCGAGGUUGAGACCCUCAAGAGCUCCCAUGCGCAAGCCAAAGAGCAGGCGAAGGCGAGCAAAGCGGCCGCUGACAAAGCGGCUGCGGAUUUAAAGACCGAACAGGUCGCCCGCCACCAGUACGAGGAGAGGGUGGCCGAGGUGGAGCAAGAGCUCAAGGACGCCGCCGGCAAGUGCGAGGCCUUGGAGGAGAAGAAUAUGGCCCAAGCGGCCGAUCUCGCCAAGGCCCUUUAG